GUCACUUUGAAAUUGCUGGAAGAAUGUACUGAGUUCAAAUCCCUGCUGGGGUCUUCUUUGCAUGUAGUUUACAUUUUGUCCCUGCGCAUGUCUGGAAUCUCGUUUUGGUCUCUGCUCCCUUCCAAAAAAAAGUUGCCUUUUGAUGUUUGUGUGUGUGAGUAUGUGUGUGAGUGUGUAUGUGAGAGCAGCUUUUUGCAUAUUUCCUUUGAGGUUGAAGUGCCUCCUUGCCAUCACUUUAAUCUCUAAAGCUUUUAAAAGAAAUGUGUUCAAGGUGUUCUAGGUUCCACUGUACUGACGGCAGACUUGUUCAAGGAUAAAGACGUGUCUCAGUUACUCACAAAGUCACCUCUUUAUUAUGACACAUAAGAUACGGACUUCACAGCUCCAUCCACAGAUUCUCUAUCAUAUUCAAGUUGGGCCGCCCCAAGCCAUUAAAAUUAUCUUCAGUCAGAAGAAACGUUUGUGAAAUUAAAAGCCAGGGAUAAGAAUAAUUUGGAUAACUACAAUAAUAAGACGUGUCCCUCAUCUGUUUUACCCUCCAAUCCAGUAGAGGGCAGUAAUCCAUACGUAAGGUAUUUACAAACUGCACCUCAGAUCAAACCUGAGGUUAGCGCGCCCUCUGCUGACGCCGGACUCUGAUGCAAUGGCUGGAGUUGAAAGGUUGGUCCCGUCUUCGUCCAAAAUGUCCAAGUUGCAGCAGCUCAAAUUGUUUGUCAGUGAGCGGCUGAGCGCAGCAGCAGAGGAGAUCUUCGGUGCUGUUGAGAGAACCUUGUUAGGGCUGGAAAAUGACGCGUAUGUGUCAAUGGAAGCGGUCAGAGACACCGAGCUGCUGACGUCAGCUGAGGCACUAGCAGCAGUACCAAACACAGCUUCCCAGGAGCUCAGCAUGUCUGGGAAACAACCUUCGAGGGACGCAGCUCAGGUGCUGGUGAAGCAGAUCAAACCCGAGUUUUGGGAUGGUACAGAAUACUGGCCCGGGCCGGACAACGGAACACUGCUAGAUCUUCUAAAUAGUGACUCUGUUGCUUGUUUAAAGUCUGAACAGAGCACACAGACAUCCUCCUGGUUUUCCCAGAAUAAUGCCAUCAUAGAGGAAGGGAUUCUUUUCCCUCACGCCUCCACUGAGCAGGAGAAAGCCGAGGCAGCAGAUGGUUAUGACAGAUCUGAGUUCUGCCAGCCGAUCUCAUUUGAAGCCGAGGCAGAGAAUGAUGAGAGUGCUACUGAAAGGAAUGACAUAAGCACACAUUCAGCUUUGGUGAGCUCUAAGAGGAAGGCAAAGCAAAGACUAAACAGUAAGAAAGGGAUAACCUUUCACUGUGGAACGUGUGGAGAAUCUUUCCUUCGCAGGAGUUCAAUGGUGAUACAUGCUAAAUCACACGGAACAAGUUUUCCAGUUCUCUGUCCUUCAAACAAUGCACCAUCUGCACAAAGGUCCCCUGGAUCUCUGCAGACCCACAAGGUGGACAAUCUGUGCCACGUCUGUGGGAAAACAUUCACCACAGCGACCCAUUUAAAAAGGCACAUGCUAAUUCACACGGGUCAGAGGCCUCAUCGUUGCAAAGAAUGCGGCAAGACGUUUGCCCGGGGUGAGUGUCUGAGAAUACACAUGAGGAUCCACACGGUGGAGAGGCCGUACGCGUGUGAAGUGUGUCCCAAGAGCUUCAGGCAGAGGAGCAACUUGGUCACUCACAUGAGAAUGCACACAGGAGAGAAACCUUAUCACUGCAGCAUCUGCUCCCAACCGUUCACCUACAAGAAAGACAUGAAUAAACACAUGCAAACCCACACAGUGACAACAUGAAUCCCCACUGUUUGAUGGAGAUCCACCCAUCUAUCGCCGAGCUGUAUUCGUGCUUGACUAAGCUAACAAUAUAGAGCAUCAAAGAGCAUGAGGCAGACAGAAACAUGUGGGAACUGUUCUAAUGAAUUUAAUGAAGGAGGAAGACAUUGGACCUGCUGAUCAAGAGAAAAUUGUCCAUUUGUGAUCAUUGGUUGAUUGGUUCAUCACUACAGUGUAGCUUUGUUCAUGCUGAAGGACACAUUAGCUCCAUUGUGGUCUGUAGUAGAUGUUUAGAUGCCUUCCCUGUUUAGAACAUGUUUAAACCUUCUUUUUACUUCUUCAGCUAAUUUCUCUGCUUUCUUAAAGUUAAUAAAUCCAAGUUGUAAUAAAAUAGUUUUGACACCUCCGUGUCUUGAAAUUUCAAACCUAAAUAAAAUAUAAUCAUUUGCAUGUUUUCUUCAACCAUAUGGGUGAGAUGAUGUGUGUUGAGCGCUCCGUGGUCUGUAGGAACAUGCUAACAUAGAUUCCAUCUCCACCAAACCUACUUUAAAAUACAUCUGGUCUGUUAGUGCAUUUAUUGUAGAGACGUUGACCAUCUGACCUGCUCCUUUACCCGUCAUCAUCAGUGAUUGUGGAAGUCUGCUUUUUUUCCUUCAUUGAUCAUGAUGAACUAAAGAUUCAGCAUCAUUUACUGCUGAAUACUCCGUCCAUUCAGUCAACAGUCCAUGACAGGUUUCCUACAGCUCACUGGAAUCAGCUGAUCCUCUGUUACAGAAGUUCUCCAUUCAUUGCUGGGACUGUCCCAGAUGUUUCUAGGUGUAAAAUGUGGAUGUGAAUGUGCCCUGAGCAGAAGGUACAGUGUCUAAUCAGGCUGAUGCUGGUGUGUUCUCCGAGUCGGUUUAAAGGCUGCACCUCUUCGUCUGCUAUUAAUAAUGAUGUGUAUAUUAGUGUAUUUAUUGUUUUCAUUUAUUUUGAUCAUUUCAUUGACUUUAUUUGUGACUUCCUGAUGGAUUUACUAGCAACCUCUCCAGCUUGUACCCCACCUCACUCAAUGACCACAGGAUAUGAGCUCCAUGCGCCUCCGCAGAUAAGUGGGUAUAACCACUGGAUGGAUGUUCCUAAUGGGAUUAGCUCAAGCUUACUUACUCUGUUGUAUCAUUUUAAAAAUGUUUUAAUUAGUUAAGCUAUUAAAAUAGUUGCCAUAAUUCA